UCACCUCCGACCCACCCACCCACCCAUCCACAGUGCCACCGUCCCGAUCUCCGGCCACCGUCAUGCCGCCCUCCGGCGCGGGCGCCGCCUUCCUCCUCCGUCCAAUACCCGCCACGACCCACCCUCUCAUCAGAUUAUCCGGUGCCGGCGCCGUCGUCGCCGUGAACCACAAGCCCCACCUGUUUUUCCGUCUCCACCAGUCGCGCCGCCGCCUGCCCGUGCCCCGCCUCUCCCUCACCCCGGCCCCCACCAGUAGCAACAAUUCUCCGCCCUCGCCUCCGCCUGCGUCACCGGAUCCCCCGCCCCCUCCCUUCUCCGGGUGGUCCCCGCCGCGCGCGAUCUGGCGGGGGCUCUCGGCGCUGCUUCUCGCGGGGCAGGUCUUCCACCGCGUCCUCACGGGCCGCGUCCACCGCCGGAACCUCCUCGCGCAGCUCCGCCGCGUCGGCCCCGGGAGCGCGGGGGUCUCGCUCCUCACCGCCGCCUUCGUCGGAAUGGCCUUCACCAUCCAGUUCGUGCGCGAGUUCACCCGCCUCGGCCUUCACCGAUCCGUCGGCGGCGUCCUCGCACUCGCGCUCUCCCGCGAGCUCUCCCCCGUCGUCACCGCCGUCGUCGCCGCUGGCCGAGUCGGCUCCGCAUUUGCUGCCGAGCUCGGGACCAUGCAGGUUUCCGAGCAGACUGACACCCUCCGCGUCCUUGGUGCGCAGCCCGUCGACUACCUCGUGGUUCCUCGUGUCCUCGCUUGUGUGCUUGCCUUGCCCGUGCUAACCCUCAUGAGCUUCGCGCUGGGUCUCGCGUCCUCAGCAUUUUUAGCUGAUUCGAUCUUCGGUGUGAGCACCAGCAUCAUCCUGGAGUCAGCACGAAGGGCGCUGAGGCCAUGGGACUUGAUCAGCUCCUUGCUAAAGUCUCAAGUGUUUGGAGCCAUUAUUGCAGUUGUGAGCUGUGCCUGGGGUGUCACAACACAUGGAGGAGCCAAGGGUGUUGGCGAGUCCACCACAUCCGCAGUGGUCGUUUCUUUAGUUGGGAUUUUCGUUGCGGAUUUCGCUCUCUCAUGCUUGUUCUUCCAGGGUGCUGGUGACUCACUCAAAUACGCAAUGGGUUGAGGCAGAGACACAGACACAGCAGAGGAACCUUUUGGUUUCAUCGCAGCAUAGUGUAGUGUACAUUGACAUGUAUGGUGUAGCGGAUUCAAACUGGCACAAUUUCAGCAUCAGCCACUGUCAGGUGAAAUGAAUAUGUUCGUAUGGCAUCCAUUGGAAGUCAAUGCUAUGCUUUUUGUGUGGAGAAGUGUUGUGCUAAACUUUUGCUCAACUUUUUGCAUCUUUUCGUGUAUAACAUUAAUAUUACUUGAGAAAAGGAAAUAACACUAUUGGUGUCCAAUUCGGCUUUCUAA